GGAUUCUCCCUCUUCCUCGCUUUCAUGAUCGAUAGACUGCACCAUUAUAUAAGAGAACUUAGUAUGAGGAGGAAGACAAUGGAAGCUGUGAGAAAGCAAAACAGAGCCUUUGAGGAUGGAAAAAGUGGAGCUUCUGAGGAGAUCAAAACUUUGGAGGAAGAGGCAAGUGCAUUGCGUGGAAAAAUUAAACAGCUAGAGUCAGAACUGCAGGUGAAGGCCAAAGAAGCAAGCGGUGCUGAAGCCAAUGCCGUUGCUCUAAAAAAGCAGUCCGAAGGAUUUCUUCUUGAAUAUGACCGCUUACUUGAGGAAAACCAAAAUCUUCGUUCUCAAUUGCAAUCACUAGAUCGUACAUUGUCACGCUCUGAUAGCAAGAAGGUGUCCUAAAGAACCGUGUCUCACGGUGUUCGAACCAUGUCUCACAAUGUCUUGUUAAUACCUUCGCAUCUUUCCAGCUCAAAAUCUGAAUGAGGUGUAAGAAUCAGAGUUCCGAGAGUAGUUGUCAUUUUACUCUAUGAUAUAGUCUGUAUCCUUAAAUUUCUGUUGUGCGAUAGGGGGUUGGCAUAUAUGAUUGCUAGAAACUUCUUUUCUUUCAAUAUUUAGUCUACUUUAUCGUCUUGAAAUGUGGCCUGCGUCUGCAGUCAUUGCUAACUUCAACCAGUAAGAUGCCUUCCCAGAAAGUACUUGUAGGUUUAUUGGCUGUGAAAUUUCUUUAGCAUUGUAAAAUCCUUUUAAACGAAUUCCUUUUUGAUGCCUUGACUCGGAUAUUGCUCUCAAUAUCCAUGCCCUUAGCGGGUUCUUGUUGAAUCAUUGAUAUCUUCAUUCAA